GAGGGGGACUCUAUAGAAUUUUUUACUCCAUUACCUUAUUCCGUUAAUUUCCCUCAAACGUGAGCAUUGGACGGUAAGAGCAUGGAAUAGUCUUCAGCUUGUAAGAUCUGUCGAUGUCAUUCGGUUAUGUGCAUGAAUUAAUGCAGGGGUCAGGAUCCUCAACUGACUUCCCAAACAGCAACAAAAAGGUGGGGAUACUCUGUAAUCAAAGAACCUCAACUGCAUGCGACAUGUUCCAGCUGCUACCUUGGAAGAACCACAGAUCCUAACUCUUAUACUCCAUCAGGCAUCACGUGAAACAAAGAUCGCCAUGGCUGCUUCGAUACAGUCACUGCCCUUUUUCCUCCAGAUUUUGUUGCUGCACCUCCACCAAUCCCACUGCAAAACCUUAAACACGAUCAGCGCGAGCCUUCCGCUUCAUGACGGCGAUGUUUUGUUCUCCAAUAACAAGCACUUCGCCCUUGGGUUCUUCAGGCCUGGAAAUUCUACCCGCCGCUUCAUCGGGAUAUGGUACAACAAGGUUAGUGAGCAGACAGUUUUCUGGGUGGCUAACAGAGACAGACCAAUCAAUGAUACCUCCGGGGUUCUCUCCAUCAACUCCCAAGGAGAUAUUGUCCUCCAUUGUUGCAGCAAUGGAAGCUCACCCCUUUGGUCCACGAAUAUGUCGACAACAAUUUUCGAUAAUACCACCACUGCCAAGCUUCAAGACACUGGCAACUUCAUCCUGCUCCAAAGGCUCAACAACCGUGUCCUGUGGCAGAGUUUUGAUCAUCCAACAGACACCCUGAUGCCUUUCAUGAAACUCGGGUUGGACAGGAGAACUGGCAUGGAUUGGGUCCUGACUUCUUGGAAGUCCAUGGAUGACCCAGGACCAGGAAAUUUCACACACAGGAUUGACCCGACGGGUUACCCUCAAAUAUUUGUCUACAAAAACGGGGCACCGCACUGGAGGGGAGGGCCAUGGACAGGCCUGCGUUGGAGUGGCGUGCCCCAGAUGAUCAACCCCUACAUCUUCAACGUCAGCUUUGUCAAUGACCAGGAAGAGGUCUCAAUUUCAUUUGGGUUAAGGAACAUGUCGAUCAUCUCAAGGAUGGUGAUGGACCCCUCAGGCCUGAUCCAGCGGUCUACGUGGCAGGACCGUGGUGGCCGGUGGAUACAAUUCUAUGCCGCCCCCGUGGAGCAGUGCGACUAUUAUGGGGCUUGCGGAGCUAACAGCAACUGCAACCCCUACAACACGGGCCAGUUUGCUUGCACUUGCCUCCCUGGAUUCGACCCCAGGUCACCAGCAGAUUGGUUCCUCAGAGAUGGAUCUGGUGGAUGCAUGAGGUCCCCUGGGGCCUCCACAUGCCAGAGCGGAGAAGGAUUCAUCAAGGUGGCCCGAGUGAAGGUCCCUGACACUUCUCGGGCCCAUGCUGACAUGAGCAUGAGCCUCAAAGAGUGUGAGGAAGAGUGCUUAAAGAACUGCUCCUGCACAGCCUACAGUGCGGCUGAUGAGAGCAGGGGAGGGUUUGGGUGCUUGGCAUGGUACGAUGAUCUUUUGGACACAAGGACGUUUUCUGAUAUUGGACAGGACUUAUAUAUACGCGUUGAUGCGGCCGUUUUAGCUCGUUUGAGAGAGAAGAAAGCAUUCCCUAGGAAGUGGUCGAUAGGGGCAAUUGUAUCUGCUGGUGUGAUUGUGGUGUUGCUUCUCUCAGUCUUCUUGUUUAUAAUGAAGAAAAGAAGAGGGAGGAGGUCUACUGCUACCUCAAAUGCUGCAUAUUUCCAUGAUGAUGAAUCUCUGGGCAUGCAUGAUCUCGAAGAAGACGGUAGAAAAUCAGAUUUGCCUUUAUUUGAUCUAAGCACAAUAGCUGCUGCCACAAACAAUUUCUCUUUCAUCAACAAGCUCGGGCAAGGUGGAUUCGGUCCUGUUUAUAAGGGAGUGCUCGAUAAUGGAAAAGAAAUAGCGGUUAAGAGAUUGUCGAAAUCUUCGGGACAGGGAACCGAAGAGUUUAAGAAUGAGGUCACGUUGAUCGCUAAGCUGCAGCAUAGGAAUCUUGUGAAAACCCUUGGCUGCUGUAUUCAAGGAGAGGAGAAAAUGCUGAUUUAUGAAUACCUGCCCAACAGAAGCUUGGACUCUUUUCUUUUCAAUGAACAGAAUAGGUGUCUGCUUGACUGGAGUAAACGCUUUGACAUUGCUUCUGGGAUAGCUCGAGGGAUCUUGUACUUACACCAGGAUUCAAGGCUGAGAAUCAUCCAUCGGGAUUUGAAAGCGAGCAACGUGCUGCUUGAUGCUUCAAUGAACCCGAAAAUCUCCGAUUUUGGCAUGGCUAGGAUAUGUGGAGGGGAUCAGGUCGAAGGAAAUACUAGACGAGUUGUAGGGACAUAUGGUUACAUGUCGCCAGAGUAUGCAAUGGAGGGGCUUUUUUCGAUUAAAUCGGAUGUUUACAGUUUUGGAGUUUUAUUGUUGGAGAUCAUUUCCGGAAAAAGGAACAGCAGCUUUCACCAGGAGAAUUUUUCUGUCAACCUUAUUGGCCAUGUUUGGAAGUUGUGGAAUGAAGAAUCGUGCCUGGACAUUGUCGACCCAUCAAUAGGCAACAUGUAUCCCAAGCACAAAGUCCUGAGGUGCAUCCAGAUCGGUUUGCUGUGUGUGCAAGAAUUCGCUGUGGAUAGGCCAACCAUGUCCACAGUUGUGUUCAUGCUGGAGAACGACACUAGGCUUCCUUCUCCGAAGCAGCCCGCUUAUGCUUUCAAGAGGACAGGGGGCAGAGCUGACACCUCUUCUUCUGGUGAAAGGACCCACUCAGUAAAUGAAAUGUCCUUUACUGCUGUCGAAGCUCGUUGAGUGCAAUUUUAUACUGGGAAUGGUAUUUCAAUCAAUGUAUGAGCAAUAUAGAUGGACAUAUUAAUUAAGAAGAGUAUAAAAUGCACAUAUAUGUAGUUCUUUUUCUCGGUCAUAAGGUAGGUUUAUAGGCCUAAUACUAUAUAUGUAGUUUUGAAAACAACAAAGAAUAUUAAAAUAUAAUUUUUUUAA